AUGUCUCUAGUUCGCACUUCGCGUCUUGCUGCGAAAUACCCAUCGUAUCAACCUGCAGAUGUGCUUGUCCUGAGUUCUCGGAAAGCCAUUUCAGAACAACACAGACCCGAUCCCAGUCUACGCAAGAUGCUUGGACACACCCGAGUCUUCUCCGAGACCGAGAGGAUGAUGCACUCCAACUUUGACGAUGAAACCAUUUUCCCACCUUUGUCGUAUCUAGCCAGACGGAGUAGGCGGAAGUCGAGGCCCUUUCUAAAUUCAUUCGAUGACGAAGCCGACUGCCCCAACACGCACGGCGGCACAACCCAUUCAUGCGACUCUGACUUGGGUCAGGUGCGGUCGAUAUCAGCCAGUCUGUUGUACCGUGAUCGACAGACAGUUGAAGAGUCCUGUCACUGCCGCGAGAUCCAGGUUCGUGUAACCACCAUCGCCGUCGAGGAGCUUGAGGCGGAAUAG